AUGAUUAAUAUAUUAAAGGACAUUCUUUAUAAAUCAUAUAGCUAUUUAGCAUUUCCUUUUUUUUAUUUGGGUUGGGCAAUAAAAAACUCUUAUCAACCUAAUAAAACUAUAAAAGAAGAAGAAUCAAAACCACCCAAAUAUCCAAAAGAAUGGAGUGAUUUAUUUAUCCAUUCUUAUAAUAAUGAACAUGAAAAAGUUUUAGAAAUAAUUCAAAAGGAACCAAAUAGUAUAAAUUCAGUAGAUUCAUUAAAUUGGACACCUUUACAUGUUGCUGUUUCAAAUAAAUCAAUUGAAGUUGUUACUUUAUUAUUAGAAAGAAAUAUUGAAAUUUCAAUUAAAAGAUAUACAGCAUUUCAUAUUGCAGCAUGUAAUGGUGAUUUAAAUAUAAUUGAAAAGAUGAUUACAAUGAAUAGAGUGCCAAAUGGUAAUAUAUUAUCAAAUGAUAUGGAGACAAGUUUAUUUUUAUCAAUUACAAAUAAUCAUUUUGAAAUUUCAGAAAAGAUAAUGGACUAUUAUCAAAGUAGUAUGAAUAGUAAUGAAUUUAAAAAGAUGAUUGAUCAAUUUAAUGUCCAUGGUGUAUCACCAUUGAUAAUGUCAGUAUUAAGAAAGAAUUUAAAGAUGAUAAAGAAAUUGAUUGAAGAGGGUGAUGCAGAUAUCAAUAGUUUUAAAAAGGAUAAUUCAACAUCACUACAUUGUGCAGCAAUAAUCGAUUUCACCGAAGCAAUUGAGUAUCUAUUAGAUAUUGGUGGUAUUGAACUAAUGAAUUCAAUUAAUAGAUAUGGUAAUUCACCAAUUCAUGAAGCUGCAAUUAAAGGUAACUUUAAAUCAAUUCAAACUUUUAUAAAUCAAUUAAAAAAGAUAAUAAUUAAAAAUAAUUGUAGUGAUGGUGAUAGUGAUAAAGAUAAAUUAAAUUUAUUAUUAUUGGAAAUUAUUGAUAAAAAAGAUAAAGAUGGUUCAACACCGUUACAUUUAUGUUGUAAUUGUGUAAAUUCUGAUAAUAUUGAAAAUAAUUUAAAAUCAUGUAAAGUUUUAAUUGAAGAAGGUGGUGUUCAAGUAAAUGGUAUCGAUAGUGGUAAUGCAACAGCUUUGCAUAUAUUAGCAUGUGUUGGUGAAGAUAAAUCAUUACCAUUGGUUAAAUAUUUCCUUAGUAUUGGUUCUGAUCCAACAAUUGAAAAUAAAUAUGGGUGGACACCAAUUCAUCAAGCUUAUAAUAAUAAAAAUAUUCAAAUUUAUCAAUUACUUUUAGAUCAUUUAAAAUUAACAAAUUCAACAUAUAAAUUAGAUAUUGAAAAGAAAAGAGUAUUUCAAUCAUCAUCAACAUCAACAUCAUCAUCAUCAUCAUCAUCAUCAUCAUCAUCAUCAUCAUCAUCAUCAUCAUCAUUAUUAUUAAAUAAAGAAGAAUUAAAAUUAAAAGGAAUUGAAAGAUUAAAAAAUGUAAUUAAUGGAAUUAAAAAAGGUGAAUUUAAAAAUGUAAUUGUAUUAAGUGGUGCAGGUAUAAGUGCCAAUGCAGGUAUACCACCAUAUAGAACUAAAGAUGGAUUGUUGGCAAAGAAUAAACAAUUUUCAUUCUCAAUGGAGAUAUUAGAGAAACAUCCAGAUGUAUUUUAUCAAGCGAUAAGAGAUCACUUUUAUCCCAUUAUUAAAGCAUCAAAUGAUAAUGAUCGUGAUGAUGGUAUUAGUGCAGGUAUUAAAUCAACGAAAUCCCAUUAUUUCAUUAAUGAUUUAAAUGAAAAGUAUGGAUGUUUAUUAAGAAAUUAUACUCAAAAUGUUGACCCUUUACAAGAGAGAACAGGCACUCCUACCGAUAAGAUCAUUCAUGCUCAUGGUUCAUUCGAUCAAUGGUAUUGUACAGUUUGUCAAAAACAAUACACUGAUAAGAGUGAUAGAAUUUGGAGAGAAAUUGGUAGAGGUGGUUUACCAUUUUGUACGGAACCUGAAUGCAGACAUGUCAUCAGACCAAAUGUUGUGUUCUUUGGUGAACCACUCUCUCAAGACUUUAGAGUAAAUACAAUCACAGAUUUUAGAAAAGCUGAUCUAUUAAUUGUAAUGGGUACAAGUUUAAUAGUUUAUCCAUUCGCUUCACUUGUUAAUGAUGUUGCUUCUGAUGUUCCAAGAUUACUAUUCAAUUUCGAAUCAACUGGUCCAUUUGUAAAUACAAUGGAUUUAGAAAGAAAGGAAAAAUUAAAACAACAACAAGAAAAUGAAAGUGGUGAAUCAUCAAAUGAUAAUGAUAAUAAUGAAUUAAUAGUUGAAGCAAGAGGUAAUAGAGAUAUAGUAAUUUUAGGUGAUUGUGAUAAAGGUGUUGAUUAUUUCAAUACUCUAUUUAAUUCAUUUUAA